AUGGCCGGUACUCUACACAAUGAUUCGUCUGCCUCAUCCUCAUCGCGUCCGCUGAACAAUGGCAGCAGCAGCAGCGCCAACAGCGACCCCGCCGACAGAGACGAGCUGGACUUCUGGAGCGAAGACGAAGACGUCGCUGAUGUCCUGACCGAAGAUCCCAUCCGCGAAGACCUCGAGGAACCCUUAUCAUUCAAGCGCAAACAGAAGCAGACCGUUCUCUCAGCACCGGGACGCUUCUUGUCUGCCUUCACCGGCUCGCGAUCGGGCACGGCCACCCCCAAUUCCUCGCCGCGAGUCCGAACGCCGACCCAAGACCCCAAUCGAUCACCUCGGAGAGCAGACGCACAUGGCAAUACGAACCAAAGCGUCAAAGAUGGCGCGCCGUUGGACUGGUACGUCGAGGGACCAGGCAGGAGAGUGGGAUAUGAGGAUCUGACGGCUAUCGAUUGGAUCUUCGAAUACACAAAGGAGCGCCAGCGUCUGCGCGUCCUGCACUCGAGCGCGCAUGGCCUGCUUGGGCUGUUCAAGCAGCUGCUGGAUUCCAGCGAAGUCUGGGUCAUUUUGAUUCUGACAGGCAUGGCCACUGGAGCCGUGGCCGCUGGCAUCGAUAUCACGACCGACUGGCUUGGCGACCUGAAGACGGGCUACUGCUCGAGCGGGCCAGAAGGCGGCGCGUUCUAUCUGAACAAGAACUUCUGCUGUUGGGGUUACGACGAAAUAUCCAAGUGCGCCGGCUGGACGCCUUGGGCCAAGUUGUUGGGAAUUUCUUCGACCGGUGGUAAAUGGUUUAUAGAGUACUUCUUCUUCCUCAUUCUCUCGGUAAGGAUAGCGCCACCACUGCUCACCGCCGUAAUCUGA